CUGCUUUGCAUCCGCUGUUCCUCUAAUCUCAUCAGCAUUCCUGGCAGCAAUCUCAUCAGCUUCCUGGCAGCAAUUUCAUCAGCUUCCUGGCAGCAAUCUCAUCAGCUUCACUUAGCUGCAGCUCUGGUUACGGAGGGACGCUUUCACACCUGGAUGUCAUCAGAUUCUCAGCUCACAGGGCCCCUUAUUCACCAUGCUCCAAAACAUGGCUUCUCUCUCUCCUUCCUGUUCUCUCCAACUCUGUGUGCAAAACCCCACCUCUUCAUGAAUAUACAAAUAUCUAUGCAGUCU